CCAUUUGGCAAGUGGCGCGGCUGUGGCGGGGGUACUUUGAUCUCAACAAUCGUCGGCACACUGCCCCGAGAUGCUGAAUGAUCCGUCGCUGUAUCCUCCGAGACUCUCGCAACAGUCUUCUUGGCUAUUAGUACAUGAUGUCGUUCCAAGUACGUUCUCCUUCUGAACUUCUGCGUUUUCUAUAUCAUCCAACAAUCCUUUUUGUUGUCAUCGGACCCGCUUCAGUAAUAACAUCUAUUCAUGCUGCUACUUUAGAACAGUCUAUUGGUCAUGUUUACGGAAUGUUGUCGUCACUUAACACGGCCCUUAUCGGAAAGAGAUUCCCUUCUUUCCGUAACAUGGUGACUGACUCGAUCCCUGCCGACCAUAUAAUUGUCUGAAGUCAUCGCGCUUUAGCCUGAUCAUGUAUUUGCAACUUCGGGUAGGGUCCGAAUCUUCAAAUAUACUACUUCAGUAGUGCUUUCGCUGCCCUGAGUCAAGUUCGU